GCCAGACCGUUGGGCUUCAGAAAACACGGCGGAAUGAGCGAUGUGUGAAGCUUCGUGUGCGUUUUCCGUGCUCGCCGACGGGUAGCUGGUCACGAGAAGACUCCCGUAAAGCGAAGGGAAGGCGAGAGAAGUCGUUUCAGGAACAUGCCGGAGGGCGGUUCGUGUCUCCUCGGCGGCUGUUGUUGUCACGGCGGGCAGCGGAGAGCGACCGUAACAGUAACGUCCGUUCUUGAGGGAGGAGAAGCGGUUUCCAGCCGCCCGUCAUUUCGCUAAAGUCGCGUUUAUCCCUGUCAGCCGGCGUUAAGGUACAUUUUCCCUCCUCGAAAGGAGCCUCUGACAGGCAAACGGGAACCCCACAGGAUGAAAUUUACCGAGCAUCUGUCGGCGCACAUCACUCCGGAGUGGAGGAAACAGUACAUUCAGUAUGAGGCUUUCAAAGAGAUGCUGUACUCCGCCCAGGACCAGGCUCCAUCAGUUGAAGUGACGGAUGAAGACACUGUUAAGAGAUACUAUGCCAAGUUUGAGGAGAAGUUCUUCCAAACAUGCGAGAAGGAGCUGGCCAAAAUCAACACUUUUUAUUCAGAGAAGCUGGCUGAGGCGCAGAGACGCUUCGCCACGCUGCAGAAUGAGCUGCAGUCGUCACUGGACGCUCAGCGGGAGAGCAGCCGAGCACCUGGUCUCCGCCGCCGCCGCGCCGUCUUCCACCUGUCACAGCAGGAGCGCUGCAAACACCGCAACAUCAAAGACCUGAAGCUGGCCUUCAGCGAGUUCUACCUCAGCCUCAUCCUGCUGCAGAACUACCAGAAUCUGAACUUCACCGGGUUCCGCAAGAUUCUGAAGAAGCAUGAUAAGAUCUUUGAGACGGCGCGGGGGGCGGACUGGCGUGUGGCCCACGUAGAGGUUGCACCAUUCUACACCUGCAAAAAGAUCACCCAGCUCAUCUCUGAGACUGAGGCCCUGGUUACCACAGAAUUGGAAGGGGGUGACAGACAGAGAGCCAUGAAGAGGCUUCGAGUGCCUCCUUUGGGUGCAGCACAGCCUGCACCAUCAUGGACCACUUUUAGAGUCGGGCUGUACUGCGGAGUCUUCAUAGUUUUAUUAGUCACCAUCAGCAUCACAGGUGUGGCAAGCUUGCUGACAUCUCAUAAAAAGGAAACCCCGUCGACCGUGUGGCCGCUGGUGCGGAUCUAUCGCGGCGGCUUCCUGCUCAUCGAGUUCCUCUUCUUGUUGGGCAUCAACACGUACGGCUGGAGACAGGCAGGCGUCAACCACGUGCUGAUCUUUGAGCUCAACCCCCGCAACAACCUUUCCCACCAGCAUCUCUUUGAGAUUGCUGGUUUUCUUGGAGUGCUGUGGUGUGUCAGCAUCCUGUCCUGUCUUUUCUCUGAGUCCCUAAUGAUCCCCAUUCAGGCCAGCCCUCUAGCGCUCUAUGGCUUCUUCUUGCUUUUCCUCAUCAAUCCCUUCAAGACAUGCUACUACAAAUCCCGCUUCUGGCUGCUCAAGCUACUGUUCCGAGUGGUCACGGCUCCAUUUCACAGAGUGGAGUUUGCAGAUUUCUGGCUGGCUGAUCAGCUCAACUCCCUGGCCGUGCUCCUGAUGGACCUGGAGUACCUCGUCUGCUUCUACAGUGUAGAGCUGGACUGGACAUCAUACAAAGAGCUUAAAGCUGGUAGUGGUAUGUGUAACACAUACUCAUAUGGAGUGCGAGCUGUGAUCCAGUGUCUGCCGGCCUGGUUCCGGUUUGUGCAGUGCCUGAGGCGUUACAGAGACACAAAGCGUGCCUUUCCUCAUUUAGUCAACGCUGGCAAAUAUUCCACAACCUUCUUUGUGGUGACCUUUGCAGCCCUCUACAAAACCCACAAAGCUAAUAACCACGAUGACAAGGAUAUUUUCUUCUACCUGCUGAUUGCCUUCUCGGUGAUCAACUCCUGUUACACACUUGUGUGGGACCUCAAGAUGGACUGGGGUCUGUUUGACCGCAACGCAGGGGAGAAUACUCUUCUCAGAGAGGAGAUAGUCUACCCACAGAAAGCUUACUAUUAUUGUGCCAUAUUAGAAGAUGUGAUCUUGCGUUUUGCCUGGACGAUUCCCCUCUCUGUUGGGGCUGUGACUUCAUGCUGCAAUAUCGCUGACAUUUUGGCCACUGUUCUUGCACCACUGGAGGUGUUUAGACGCUUCGUGUGGAACUUCUUCCGCCUGGAGAACGAGCACCUGAAUAACUGUGGUGAGUUCAGAGCGGUGCGGGACAUUUCAGUGGCUCCACUGAACGCAGACGACCAGACGCUGCUGGAGCAGAUGAUGGACCAGGAGGACGGGGUCAGGAACCGGCAGGGCAAGAAGAGCUGGAAGAGAAGCUACAGUAUGUCCCUCAGACGACCACGCCUUGCAUCCCAAUCUAAAAUGCGAGACACCAAGGUUCUGAUAGAGGACACGGACGAUGACACCUGACCUCUGGCCGCCCUUUUCAGGGCUCACUCGAAUGGACCACGGUCCCUUCAGGGGCCUUAAGCCUUCAACGGCUAUACAAUCAGUCCAUCACAAAGCUGCCUGUCUACGCCACACACGCACACAAGUCUCGGAGACGUUCCAACUCUGACUCACACACACACACACAUACACAUACAUACAUACACUCAGUCUAGCACAGGCUUCUAACAGGAACAGUCAUUUGUUAGUUACUGUAUUAUUUUAUUCAUUGUUACUGCCUUGAUUAUUUUCGAAGCUCUAUUACAUGGAAGAAAAUCAAAAGACUUUAUAUACAUGUAUGUCCGUUCACAUACGACAGGGAUCUGAGUGCGAUAAUCAAAACUAAGACUGACUCUGGAGUCGAGCCUCCAGAAACGGACAAUAUUAAGACUCUGACCAACAAUCUGAACACCAUGUCUCUGUGUAACUUUUUAUGAAGACUGUAGUGUUGGUUCAUGUAGCAGUCAGGUAGAUGCCAUCAUCCAUGGAUACAUUUCUUUUUUUUUUUUCUUUUUUUACUUAUUAAGAAUGUACAUUUCAUUGUUAUUUAUGUGAAGGAAAGUUGCCUUGAUCAUUUAAGAAGAAUUAGUCUGUUUAAUGUUUAAAAAGGCAAAGAUGUAUUACAUCUGCCCCAGAAUUUUUUUUUUUUGUUUCUUGCAAAUAUGGACCUCUGUUCGUUUGUACAUGUAGUUCAAAACCCUCAGGUGGCUUGGAUAGGAUUCAUUCAAUGACUCUGGUCAUGUUCAAGCACUCAGCACACCACUUAUGCAGGUCUGGCUCAAAAACCACUGAACUAUCGAGCUUGUGAAAGUGAUUCACGACAAAUAAUGUUUGCCUACUUCUUUUUUUGUUGUUGUUGUUGUGUUUGUGUUGUUUUUGAAAGCAUAAAGCCAAUGCAAUCCGAAUGAGUGCUGCUUCAUAGAACCUGUUGGGGAACCGUUCAACAGAUUUUAGGUGUCCAGCUCAUUUAAGAGCAAAGCCAAAUGUCUGAAACAUUCCACGAGAGCUUUGUAGUGAUUUGUGUGCGUGAGGCAGGGUUGGGAGGCCUGUACUUAAAUUAGUAGGUCUGUAUGAGCUCAUGAUCUACAAUGAGUAGUUCUCAACCCUCCAGUGUCUUUUUCUCUUUUUCCAUUAUUCUAUCUAGAACUUUUUAUAUCUUAAACUACAAUGUACACUGAACAUUGGCAUGUAUUUAUUUAUGCGAUUAUCCUUCACAUUCCAUAGUAGUAGCAUUCCAAGUUGAGCUUUGUCCAUUCUACUCUUUCCUUUUGAAUGUCUUCCAGAGACAGACCUAGUCCUCAAAGGCCACCUAAGGGUUUUAAAAGACCAAGAAAGACUGCUUUUUAUCCAGUGGUGGUUUCUUGUUUCCGAAAUUGCGAGCAAGCAGAGAUUAUACUGACAUAAUGGCUUUAUCCCACUUCGAUCUGCAGCCCAAACACGGACCACUGCAAGCCUCCGGCACCAACGGAACUGAGGAUUCAGGCGUGGUGUGCCUCAGGGGUGUACUCUGGGUCCUGUUGAGUUUCAGUUUCAGCAUUUCAAAUGGACUGUUACAUUCUGGGACGGGCACAGCCGACAAGGCUCGGACAGGAAAGGACUAAGUUCCCACAAGUUAUAGUUGUUCUUACCAUUGUGGUGCAUAGGAGCUGGGCUGCUUUCGCCCUUUGGGAACAUAGAUUCACUUCAGUGCAUCUGCAAUAAUCAGAAGGCUCCUCUUCAGAUAUCAUGUCAUGUACUACUGUCCCAAGUAAACGCUUGGACCAAAAAA